UUGCAACGGAUUGUGCUGAGUGCUGAUUGCAUUUUUCGAUUUUUUGUGCAACGAAGACGACACGUUUCAUAUUAUUCACAUCAAAAGCCACUUGUAAAUAAGCAACAAUCUGCGUCAGAUUCGUAUAAAUUAAUCGUCAAGUCUCAACCGAUUGCCUCAGUCCAGAAGUUAUGUCUUUCAAUCCAACAGAGCACCAACACAUUCGGUUCAACCCUUUGAAGGGAGAAUGGGUGCUGGUCUCGCCUCAUCGUAUGAUGCGCCCAUGGACUGGCCAGGUUGAAAAGGUUUCAGAUGACGAUAAUCAAUCCAAAACAGACACCAGUAACCCUCUGAGUCCGGGUGCCAAACGUGGCAAUGGCCAAGUAAACCCUUGCUACGAAUCAACUUAUACAUUUACAAACGAUUUCCCGGCCCUGCUGGAAGACAUUCCGGAACCGGAAGUGAAAAAUGGGGAAGAAAACGAACUGUUUCAAGUGAAAGCAGCGAGGGGCACUUGUAAGGUGAUGUGCUUUCACCCUCGUUCGGACAUUUCCAUUCCUUUAAUGUCCGUGUCUGAGAUAGUCAAAGUCAUCGAAAACUGGAUGCGUGAAAUAAAAGAGCUGGGUGAGAAGUAUUCGUGGGUGCAGGUGUUCGAAAACAAAGGCGCCAUCAUGGGCUGUUCUAAUCCUCACCCACACUGUCAGAUUUGGGCUUCCGAUUUUUUGCCCAACGAGGGCCGCGUGAAAAACGAAACGCAGCGCAAGUACUUUGAAAAGCACGGCAAGCCUUUGCUCAAGGACUACGUCACUCAAGAGUGCAGUAAAAAGGAGAGAAUUGUCUUCAGCAACUCCGAUUGGGUCGUCUUGGUGCCUUACUGGGCUCUCUGGCCUUUCGAAACUAUGAUUUUGCCCAUUCCUAAAGAAGAAUCAGUUCCUCUGCCCAAAAGAAUGACUGACUUGUCAGCAGACCAAAUUGAAAGCCUUGCUGAGGCUGUAAAGGUGAUCACCACAAAGUACGACAACCUGUUCAACACCAGCUUUCCUUACUCCAUGGGUUGGCAUGGUGCACCAACUGGAAAAUAUUUGGCUGAAAAUAUGAACCAUUGGGUGUUUCAUGGAAUUUACUAUCCUCCACUACUGAGGUCGGCCACAAUUAAGAAGUUUAUGGUCGGGUACGAAUUGCUUGCUCAAGCCCAAAGGGACUUGACUGCAGAGCAGGCAGCAGAACGGCUUAGGAAUUGCCCUGAUCGUCAUUACAAGCUGUAGAGCUGAUAGUGGUUGGUUUGUUUUUGUUGAAAUAAAUUGUUCUUUGAA